AUGCGGGCGCAGUCGGGAUGGGAGAGGACGCGUUGAGGAGGGAGUCCGCGCUCCAACUACGGAAAUUGUGCUGCGGAGCAUCCUGCACGCUUUUUGAAUAAGGUCUUAAAGACUCUGCAUAUUCCGUCUCUGUCUCUCUGUCUCUUUUUGUUUUUUGUCCAGAGGAGAGACUUGCAUUCAGGAGGUGGAGGAUCGCAGGUGAGGAGAACAAAACAUGCCGUCAGCAGUAGUGAAAUAUGCGCUGAGGUCUUAAUGGGAUGUUUCUAUAGAUUAUUUCCACACAUUUUAUUUAAAAAAUAAAAACCAUAUAUUGACUUAAAGAAAUACUCAAAAUGGAUUUUUUGAAUAGCUCCAGCCUGGAGGACGGGAUGGCUGCAGGAAAUAUCUCCUCUAAUUUCACCUCGCAGAGCAAGUACAGCCAGCUGUCCAUCUGGGGUCUGGCAGGACUUGUCAGCUUUCUCAUUCUGUUUACAAUCGUCGGGAACGUGUUGGUUGUUAUCGCAGUUUUAACCAGCAGAGCUCUGAAGCCACCCCAGAAUCUCUUCCUCGUCUCCCUGGCCAGUGCAGACAUACUGGUGGCCACCCUGGUCAUGCCCUUUUCUCUGGCUAAUGAACUCAUGGGCUACUGGUUCUUUGGAAAGAUCUGGUGUGACAUCUACCUGGCUCUGGACGUUUUAUUCUGCACCUCAUCUAUUGUUCACCUGUGUGCUAUUAGUUUGGACAGGUACUGGUCAGUGACACAGGCGGUCGAGUAUAACUUGAAGAGAACGCCUAAAAGAGUUAAAGGGAUGAUUGUGGUGGUGUGGUUGAUCUCAGCCGUCAUCUCGUUCCCACCGCUGAUAUCAAUGGACAGGAGCAGCAACGAGGACAGUCCUCAGUGUAUCCUGAAUGAUGAGACCUGGUACAUCCUCUACUCCAGUCUCGGCUCAUUCUUUGUCCCCUGUGUCAUCAUGAUCCUGGUCUAUAUUCGCAUCUACCAAGUGGCAAAGACCAGGACCAGAACAAUGUCAGAGAAGAAGAGGGAGGUGGACUUGCCGCUGGAGAAUGGGAUGGACCAAGCCAAACCUGGCCGAGGAGGGUCACUGAAGUCCAGCAGGGACGGGAGUAUGAAAGACCAGGAACGUGGGAAUGGACACUGCCAGGAGCAGGCAGUUCGGUCCCCUCUACCGAACGAGCCCAAACAUCCACCGACAGACCACGAGGACGACUUCGAGGACAGCAGCUCGUCAGACGAGAAACCUAAGAAAAGUUCCAUUUCCUCCAAACAUCAACGUGACGACAGAAAAGGCCGGAAGUGCAGCCGGAAGAGCAGCUCCGCCUCUAAAUACUCCAGCAGGAAGUCGCGUGCCAGCUCCAAGUCCAUGGAGCUGUUCUCAUCCCGCCGCAAACGGCGGAGCACCGUCAACAGGAACAAGGUCUCCGCCGCUCGAGAGAAGCGCUUCACCUUCGUCCUCGCCGUCGUCAUGGGGGUCUUCGUCGUGUGCUGGUUCCCGUUCUUCUUCUCCUACAGCCUGUAUGGGAUCUGCCGGGAGCCGUGCCAGAUCCCAGAGACGCUGUUCAAAUUCUUUUUCUGGAUUGGUUACUGUAACAGUUCUCUGAACCCCGUCAUCUACACCAUCUUUAACCAAGACUUCCGCAGAGCCUUCCAGAAGAUCCUCUGUAAGUCAUGGAAGCGCUCUUUCUGAAUGCUUCCCGCAUGGAUGGAGCUGUAAAAGACAUUUUACCCAGCAGACUGUUCUGAUGAAGAUGAAGUGCUGGCCUGGGGGCCUUCACACCUAUGUUCAGGGAUUGUACUAUGAAGGGAUGAUUUAACUACAGCACAGAAAAGGGUUUGAAGAGUAGGCUCGUAUUCAAAGAGGAGGCUUUUAUUCAAUGCCAUUCAGGCAGCUGUUGGACUCUGAUGUGGGUUACGGCUCGUUUCCCCAUCCUCAUUGACUUCCCUUCCCUGAAAUACAAUAAACGGACUCAUAACAGUAACUGUGAGGUGUGCACGCCACAGUGGCUGCACAUGGAUGAACUGCAGAGACACUUGAUUUAAAAUGUGACCUCAUUCACUGGACAUAAAACGAAGGCCUCGACAAUCUGCACACAACCUUUGCUUGUGACAUCAGAUAGUGAUAUCUAUCCUCUCUCUCUCUCUUUCUCUCUCUCUCUCUCUCUCUCUCUCUCUACCUUUCUAUCAUGUCACAGUCUCAACAUGAGGACCAAUGGGACAAAGGGGCUCCUUGCUUACUGUUUCAGUAGCAAAAAAAAGACUCAUCCUCAAAAACUAUGAAGUCAUAUUUCAGCAUCAGUGUUCUGUGUGUAUGAGCUGGGUACUGCAGCGCAACAUCUUUAUCAGGACGUGUGUUUUGUGUGAACUUGUAGAUGUGGCUUGGACUCUGGAUACAGUAGCAUGUACAGUACCCCAUGUACCCUCCUGAGGAAAUGAAUAGAAUACAGAGGUACUGCUGAGGCCAAUGGCCACCCACUGAAGCUUUCACUGUGUGUGUGUGUGUGUGUGUGUGUGUGUGUGUGUGUGCAUGGAGGAGAACGAGUGUACAACAGUGAAACUCUGUGCCUAUGAAGUGAGCUGGAGAGUUUAUCGCAUCUCAUCCCGACUGCCAGUAAGUGAUCGUCUGUCUGUCCGUCUGUCUGGGUGUGUGUGUCUGUGUGUGUGUGUGUGUGUGUGUGUGUGUCUGUGUGUGUGUGUGUACGCCUGCAUUCUCAAAGGUUUUAUUCUUCCUGGUCAAGUGUCUUUCUAUUCUCCACUAUUCUAUUUUCUGUCACACGUCUUUUCUCUCCCUUACAGCCACAAAAAGCACUUAGCCACAUUAAAAACCAAACACCACCCUGUUCUAAUGUCUGCUGCUCACACACACACACACACACACACACACACACACACACACACACACACAUUAUUAAACACACAAAGAUAUAAAAUGACUUAUCCAGUAAGUAUUUCAUCUUUACAUUUCAAUGUAAUGCUUUCUUUUCAUGUGUAAAUAGUUGAAGGCAGUGCAGUAGUAUUGUGUGGUGUCUCAUAAUCACACAUUUAUCAAUAUGCUAAAGAUGUAUCGUUUGUAUAAUGAACAACGCUUUGAAAGAUUUUCAUGUUACACCAACCUGUCAUUUUCUAAAAGAGCCAGUGUUUACUUCACAUCCAAGAGAUCAAAUAAAAAGAUUACUUCAACUGUCAUUUGAAAAUUGAAAGAUUGCAUGAGUGCAUUCUUCAUUGCUAUACACACACACACACACACACACACACACACACACACACACACACACACUGGUUGUUGUCCCCACAAUCCUCCACUUUUUGAACUUACUGUCUAAAUAAAAAGCACUCACUUGUGUUGUAUUCUAUGGAUCUUAAAAUAUGCAGUAUACUUUAUAUUA